AAGGAUAGCGCAUGAGCGCCCAUACUAUAUAUAAACGUUCACCGCGCAGGCAACCAAGAAGGUGAGAUUCCGAAAUUGAAUUGAAAAUAUUUCUUUUUGUCAAUUUCGGUUCAAAGGUUUUCUGUAAUGGCGUCUUGGAACUCAACUCCGCUGGAGGUUCUGUACAACGUAUUGGGAUGGGUUGCGUUUGUGUCGUGGUCUAUCAGUUUCUAUCCUCAGGUCAUCCUCAACUUUCGCCGGAAAAGUGUGAUAGGAUUGAAUUUCGAUUUCGUGGUGAUGAAUUUGACCAAGCACACCUCCUAUCUCAUCUACAACGCUUCACUCUUCUUCGGCUCUGCUGUUCAGAGGCAGUACCGUCAGAAAUAUGGCCUUGAUGAGAUGAUACCUGUAGCUGCUAACGAUGUUGCUUUCUCUGUACAUGCUGUUCUUUUGACGGCAAUAACCUUGUAUCAAAUCGUGAUCUAUGAUAGGGGAAACCAGAAGGUCUCAAAAAGUUGCACUGCAAUUGUGUCGGUUGCAUGGUUGGCCAUUGCUGUUUGUGUGUUCAUUGCUAUACCCAAACAUAGUUGGUUAUGGCUGGUGUCUUGCUUCAACAUCUUGCAGGUUGCCAUGACAGUCAUCAAGUACAUUCCCCAGGCAGUCAUGAAUUUUCAACGAAAGAGCACUGUUGGAUGGAGUAUUGGCAACAUUUUACUUGAUUUACUAGGAGGUCUUACAAAUUAUGGGCAGAUGGCUGUGCAGUCUAUAGAUCAAAAUUCUUGGGUGAAUUUCUAUGGAAAUAUAGGAAAGACUUUAUUGUCUCUGGUAUCGGUAUUUUUUGACAUUCUGUUCAUUGUGCAACAUUAUGUGCUCUAUCCUUCCAGAAAGACGGUUACUUCUGAUGAUGCUGAUGCUGAUGCUGAUGCUGAAGCGGUAAGAAAGAAGCUAUUAAUUAACUCUUCUGAUCACCCACAUGCAGAUGAUGUGUAAUGGUUGAACGUGUACAUGUGAUAUCUUUUAUUCCAAAUUGGUAAGCACUUGACGAUAGGAGAAAAACAAAACAAAACAAUAUUGUGCGUUAUUUGUAUACAUGUGUAAAUGUGUUCCUCACAGUGGCAAGACUGCAAAGCUGUGUGUUUCUUAUGUGUUGAUGAUAAACAUGAAAUGUUGUUGUUUUUGUUCCCGGGGUCCUCCCUUCCUUUGUUGUAAAAAAAAAAGUGCUAAUGUCAGGGUAUGCAGCGCUGAAUUUGAAUCAUUGAAUGCCUUUAGUUGAACUGUUGAAGAGAGGAUGUAGCUGGGAAGAAUAUCCCUUGUCAUGCUGCAAUUUUGAUGUAUCUCAGCACUGAAUUGUAGCCAUAUGUGAUUCGGUAGAGUGAUCAAGGAACUGGCUCAAUUCUGUAUUGGAAAUGAAACAUCAAGUCUUGCAUUAUCAUGUUUAAUAUUUAUUGGUCAAAUUGGAAAUUCUUUUUU